CCGUGGCGUCCUCUAGCAGCCGAGGAGAGGGGCUCGCGCCGAGCCCGGGCGGGGGAGGGCGGCCGGGCGGGGACGCCGCCAGCCGCCGGCCGUUCCUCACUCCCAGCUACCGAGAAGCUCUCGCUGACUGCUGCCGGGCGUCCGGCCGGGUUACUAACAGAAGAUGGUGGAUCGAUUGGCAAACAGUGAAGCAAAUACUAGACGCAUUAGUAUAGUGGAAAACUGUUUUGGAGCAGCCGGACAACCCUUGACUAUUCCUGGACGGGUUCUUAUUGGAGAAGGAGUAUUGACUAAGUUGUGUAGAAAGAAGCCAAAAGCAAGGCAGUUUUUCCUAUUUAAUGAUAUUCUUGUCUAUGGCAAUAUAGUCAUUCAGAAGAAAAAAUAUAACAAGCAGCAUAUAAUUCCCCUGGAAAAUGUCACUAUUGAUUCCAUCAAAGAUGAGGGGGACCUACGGAAUGGAUGGCUUAUCAAAACACCAACUAAAUCAUUUGCUGUUUAUGCAGCUACAGCUACUGAAAAAUCAGAAUGGAUGAACCACAUAAAUAAGUGUGUUACCGAUUUACUCUCUAAAAGUGGGAAGACUCCCAGUAAUGAACAUGCUGCUGUCUGGGUACCUGACUCUGAAGCAACUGUGUGUAUGCGUUGUCAGAAAGCAAAAUUUACUCCUGUUAAUCGUCGUCACCAUUGCCGCAAAUGUGGCUUUGUUGUGUGUGGGCCUUGCUCUGAAAAGCGGUUUCUUCUACCUAGCCAGUCUUCCAAGCCUGUGAGGAUUUGUGAUUUCUGCUUUGAUCUGCUUUCUUCUGGGGACUUGGCUACAUGUCAGCCUACUAGAUCAGACUCUUAUAGCCAAUCAACUAAGUCCCCUUUGAAUAAUGUAUCUGAUGAUGAAGAUGAUGAAGAUAGUAGUGACUAAAAAUAUAAAAGUAUUUUCAGAAACAAAAUUGAGUGUGAUCGGAGAUAAUCUGCUUUGGGGGAGAUUAUUAUUGUGGCCUCCAGAAAUUUCAUUCUAGCCAUAAAUUUACCUGAGAAACUUCCAACCUAUGUGCCUCAGUAUAUUCUAUUGAGAAUAGUUUCACUCUUCUGCAGGGAUAAACUAUUGCAAAUGUAUCACAUAAUUUUCCACCUUCUUAUACUUGAGUUUUUCUAGACUAUCCUCUUCAUAUAAGGUUGGAAAAAUUCAGUUAGAACUUUUUUUUUUAAUUAACAGAUCAUAUGCUACAUUGAUAUUUUCAUCAUUUCUGUAUUUUGGUAUAAAAGAAAAGCAUCAUAAAAUUAUGGAAAACUGAAUGUACUUUUGGAUUAAUAAGUUAUUUACAUAAGAUUAGUAGUUUUUCUAACUAUCUAGUGAUUAAGGCCCCUAACAAACAUCGGUGUCAUUUAUUUGGCAUGACUUUGUUUUGCUUUUGAUUUUUUUUGUGUGUGCCAUGCAGUGCCUUAUAUUAAUAGCACAGUUACUGGAAAUAAGCCCCUACGUUUCCAUUUUUUCAAUUGUUAUAACAAAAAGAAAAACCCAUUGGUGCUAUUUGAAAUAAAUAUGAUAAAAUUAGUGCUUAAGAAAGUAAGUCCUAACCAUGGCUACCAAUUUGGGAAAUAGUCAUUUCCACGUGGGCAUGUUUUUCCUAUAAAAUAGUUGAGUAAUUCUAUUCUUAACAUUUUUAUAGGUACCAAAUUGUAUGUGACAACCCAGAAUUUUAUUUUAAUAAGGCUUUUUGUUUAAAAAUUUACUUUCCAAUUUAUCAAGUUUAUUUUGAGCCUUUUCGAUACUAUCUCUAAUUUUAGUAAGAAUUAUUUUAAAAAGCAUAUUGAAUGGCUUUAAAAGUUGAAGUAAAAGUGAAAAUUUUUCAUCUAAUAUCUUCAAAAAUAAGCAGUCUCUUCCAAUCCUUCAGUUAUAAAUGAAUGAAAACUACCUUGUUAAAAAUGGAAAAGAGACUUGGGCCUGAAAAGUUGGAAUUAAAUAAUUUGCAUAAAUGAUCAGUGCAGAAAAUGUCUUUAAUAUACUUAAACAGCUUUCUAUCCUCAGAGGUCAUCUUAGCCCGGUAUAAAAUAAACUUUGAACUUAAAAUGAAUAAUAGACCAGAUUUUGUAAAGUUUUGUAAAAUCUGAAACAAUAUUUCUAUUUUUGUAAAAUGAUAGUAUGUUUAGUUUGUUUCUGAUGUCUUUGAAAUUUAUGACAAUAGAGUUCGGAGAUGAUCUUUCAAAAUUGUGAGCUUUGCUCAAUGUUGACUAUUUUUUGAGAAAUGACCAUUUCUGCACUGUUUGCAAACUUUGAGGCAACCAUUAGGCCAAAAGUAUAUUUAUUGAAUAAACCUGUGUAUAUGUAUUGCACUAGUUUUCCUGUUUAUAUGCUGGAGAUAACUAUGGUGGGUUUUUUGUAUAUAAAAAUAAUCAAUUUAAAGUGUAUUAACUAUAAUUCUGAACUCUUCUGUUUUGUCUUAAAAUUUGAAUAUAUGGUGCAGAUAUCAUGAGACUUGAUUCAUUAAUUUACAUGACCAAGAAUUGUUAAAAUGUCUUAAAAUUAGAUUGAAGCACUAUUUUGUUUGAUUUUCUUUUUACCUUUUUAAAAGCUCCUUGAGGUCACAUAGACCUACUUGAUCUGUUAGCAGUAUAAAGCAAAAGCACAGCAAGGUUGGUUUUCAUUAAAAAUAAAUGUAUUUUUUUCUUCUGAGAGAUAACAUUCACAAAUAGAUAAACGUUCAGGUAUAUGUACAUAACUAAUGUGCUAUGAUUGUGUGUGUGUGUGUGUGUGUUCACAUCCCUAUUGCUUCAUAUUUAUAUUAGUUGCCUGAGAAAUAUGAUAAAACCUCUGAGAACUGAGAAAUUUGUUUUGUUUAUAUUCUGGUACAUAGGAAACUAACCUAUUUUAGGAGUCAAAUGGACCUGUUCUGACAUUUUUAACCUGUUGAUUAUAUUUUUACAAUUGAAAAUCCUCAGUUACUAUUUUUCUUAUUAAAUGUGAUCUGAUAUUUUUCUUGUAGUACAAAUACAUAAUUGAGUACCUUUUGCUUUCUUGUUUUUUUCUUUUUUUACAAUCUCUUUUGAGAUGCUACACUUUUCCCCUAAAUAUCUUUUUCUACCCUUUAAAAAAAAAAAAGCUUUCUUUUUUCCUUUCCUUUUUUUUUUUUUUUUUUUUUUAACUUUUCCUUCUAAAACAAAAUUUAUAUUGUGCUGCACUGGUCUUUGUAGCUGGAACCAAAUUGCUGACAAUUGUAGUUGAAAGAAGAAAACAAAGUUUCUGUUGGAGGGGAAAAAAACAUGGUUUAAGUGGAAAGUACCUAUUUAAAGAAAUUGAAAGCCAUUGGGGCCUGAUAUAAAAAUUAUAAUAAGGUAAUGUUAUAGGUUAAUAUUACAAUUUCUUAUUGAUGUAUACAUUAAAUAAGUAUGCUUAUUCCCAUUUUGAAUUUUUCAUAAAAUGGGUGUGAACUGUGUUUGUGUAACUUAAAAUUUUUGAAAGGGCUGAAUAUUUGUAAUCUGUUUUCUGUCAGAUUUACUAGUUUUUGUGCUCAAAUAUAUCAUGUAGCUUUUAAUUAA